AUGGAGGUGCCUUUGCUCUCAUCCCUCAAACCUUAUGAGAGGUCCAACAUCGCCGAUGCCUUGGAGACGGUCAAACAUGAGCCAGGUCAGAACAUCACCGAGGGAGAGCCCUCGUACUGGCGAGCUCGGUGUUGGCCCCAAGUAUGUCCUCACCAUGACUUUAUCCACAAUCAUCCUUCCAACACUCGCCCUGGCAAGCUCGAUGUUGAGUACGUCCACCCCAAGACGAAGACUGAAGCACCGGCCCCCACCGUCACUGCUACCCCUGCACCUGAAGAAGAUCAAGUGAAGGCCGGGAGCAAGCACAAGCCCACCACAGGAACAAAGAAGGCAGCCUCCAAGAAUGUCGCCGCCGCCGCUAAACCCAAGGCCAACACCGUCACAAUGGAGCACCCAUGA